AUGAUGGUGCCAACGGCGGCUAGAGUUUCGACCACCGCAUCGAUGCUUCUACGCCGUCAUUCAAGGAAGUUAUGGUCGUUAUCCUCCUCCUCCGCGCCGCUGGAAGAUUCCGUCCCUCGCUCUUUCAGCUCUGUUAAUCUUCUGUGCAAGGUUCUGCAUAAGGAGCCUUGUCAAGAAUCUGCCUGGAAGAAGAAGAUCAACUCCUUAACAUCUUCUCGGUUUCACUCCACUCCAUCUCGUAACACCGAUGAUAUCAUUUCGAGCCAAAAUGGAGUCUCUUCUACAAAACCGAAGAGGAAGAAGCUCAAAGGCAAGCGAGCGGUUGUGCGGUGGCUAAAGUUUUUCCGGUGGAAGAAGAAGAAAGAAGUUGAAAGAAUGACUGCUGAAGAAAAGAUACUCAACAAACUAAGAAAGGCUCGGAAGAAAGAGGAACGUCUUAUGGAGACGAUGAAGAAGCUAGAGCCUUCAGAGUCAUCGGAUCCGACGCACGACCCCGAGAUCUUGACGCCGGAGGAGCAUUUCCACUAUCUCAAAAUGGGACUCAAGUGCAAGAACUACGUCCCUGUAGGGAGACGAGGGAUCUACCAGGGAGUGAUCCUCAACAUGCAUCUUCACUGGAAGAAGCAUCAGACGCUCCAGGUUGUGAUCAAAACGUUUACUCCCGAGGAAGUGAAUGGUAUUGCGGUUGAGCUAGCGAGUUUGACUGGUGGGAUUGUGCUUGACGUUUGCGAAGGGAACACGAUCAUUAUGUACAGAGGGAAGAACUAUGUCCAGCCUCCGACUGAGAUCAUGUCGCCGAGGGUUACUCUCCCGAGGAAGAAGGCGCUGGAUAAGUCUAAAUGCAGGGAUGCGCUUCGUGCGGUUAGGAAGUAUAUACCGAGGCUUGAGCAAGAGCUUCAGCUGCUUCAAGCGCAGGCUGAGACGAAGCGAGAGUACCCUAAUGUUGUCAAGGUUGUUGUUGAUGAUGAAAGGUCGGAGGAGUUGAAGAAGAUUGUAGAGAGAAGCCAAGAGGGGUUUGAGGAGGAUGAGGAAGAAGAAGAGUUGGGUACGGAUUCGGAUCUUUCUGAUAUCUUUGAGACUGAUUCGGAGUCGGAAAACGAGAAGGCAGAGCGGCCGCUUUUUCUUGAAGAGUUUGAGAAGUUUCCUGCAAGAAACAGCAAGAUAGAUGGAGAAGAUGAUGAUGAUGCUGAUGAUGGAGGGUUUGGAAAUUCAGUGAAGGGUAAAUCAGGAGAUGAGUCUCCAGACUUUGAUGAAGUUGAUAAGAUGUUUCUUCGAGCUGCUUCGCUUUUAAAGAAGAAAAGACGAUGA